AGAGAGCAGAGGAGAAGCGAGAAGAGAUGGCCGCCAUGGGGCCCUGGAGCCGGGUCCGGGCGGCCAAAUGCCAGAUGCUGGUCACCAGCUUCUUUGUCUUGCUCCUGGGCCUGUCUAUGGCCACAUUGGCGGCUCUCACUUACUUCGGGGCCCACUUUGCUGUCAUCGGCCGUGCAUCCUCAGACAGGACCCCCUAUGAGGCCAUGCACCGCUGGGCGUUCUAUGUCGGCAUCAGCCUGGCUGGGCUCCUGACCCUGGGCGCCAUCCUGGGCGCUGCAGCCACGGUGAGGGAGGCCGGGGGCCUCAUGGCUGGGGGCUUCCUGUGCUUUGCCCUGGUGUUCGGCGCCCUGGUGCAGGUGGCCUUCUGGAGAUUCCACAACCCCACCCAGGUGGAGGAUGCUUUGCUGGACGCCUACGACCUGCUGUAUGACCGGGCGGUGAAGAACUUGUCCGGAACCCCGCGGCAGCAGCUGCUGGCCAUUCAGGACACGUUCCUGUGCUGUGGCAAGAGCUCUCCUUUCAGCCUCCUGGGGGACGUGGAGGCCGGUCUGUGUCGGGGAGAGCAGGCAGCGAGACAGGUGAGGAGGGGAGGCCAGGACCUGCGCUCUCCCUCCCUGGCCUCCCCCGGCCCCCAGCCCCCCCCCCCAACUGCAGGACUCCUGGAGGCCGCAGUGAGGGCUGGACUCGGCCCCUUGCUCCCUUCACUCUUUCAUCCCCUCCGAGGUCACGCCUGCCCUCGGAAGCCUCCAGAAGCGCACAGGGAGGAGGAAGACAGACAUUGGUCUGGAGGGGGCUCCUUGGGAAGGAGCCAGAAGGACAUUCCACGGAAGGGACAGGGAGGGUCAGUGGCACGCAGAGCCAGGAAGUCCCUUCUUCCCCAUGGCCCAGAGAGGGGCCUGGCACCUCCUCCAGCUUCCCCACCAGCCCUCCCUGACGCAGCCGCCCUACCGGCUCCCCUCCCCCGCUGUCCGGGAAACAAACCCACCCCUAUCUCUGGGCGAGAGGCUCCCGGCUGCCUUCCAAGGAGCAGACAGGAGGAUGCAAAUGGCUCCUGGCCCAGAAGGGAAGGGUGGGGGCAGCAGAGGGCCCAGCAUGCCUGGAGGGGGCUGAGAGCGCGUGCCUCUCAGGGAGAGGCCUCCGGUGCCCGUCAGCAAAGUGGGCUGAGCUCUGUGGCCUUCCAGAACGGAGGGGUCCCCACCGUAAAGGCCACAGAGCGUGGGUGUGGGUGCUAGAGCUGCCCUGGGGAGGGCAUGGGAGUGGCUGGGGUGGUGUCCUGGAGGGUGGUCAGGCCCCCAGGCUGCCUACCGGGAGGACGUGUGGCCACACGGGGAGUAGGGGCUGAUCAGGGGCCGCUUUCCCACGGGGCACCCAGGCCAGGCUGCAGGGUUGUGGCCCCGGGUUCCUGGGACUGUUUCCGGCUGCCCCUGGAGGCCAGAGGUCCCAACCUCCAGGCCAGCCGGUCAGUCCUGUGGCCCAGGUCUGAGCAGGGGCGGGACUCCAGCCAGGACAGAGGCCUGGGUGGCAGUACGGAGGCUGGAGGGUCCAGCCCCUAUCCAGCAACAGGUGGACAGAUGGAUGCACAGACAGACGCCAAGCUAGUCUCCUGUCCCUCCCCAUCCCAGCCUUCAGAAGAGCAUCCCGAACGUCCCACCGGGCCUCCCCAAAAUGCCAGCGUCUUCCCCCAAACCAAAUGCCACCAUCUGAGUGGGUCAGAGAUGGGACGGUCACCUCCCUUUUCCUCCAGAGAGAGCCUCUGUGGAUGCGCUGCCCUGGGGAGGCACCGGGGUCAGGGAUAGAGCCGGAGGCCGGGGCAGCCCAGGACCCCAGCCCCUCCACCAGCUAUUUCUCUGCCCUCCCCUCACCCUGGGCCAGGGAGUGAGGGAGGCUCGGCCUGCCCAGGGGAGCCAGACCCGUGACCCAGCCCAGGCAGGUCAGCGGGCGCUAAGAAAGGCACGUGCAGGACCCUGGGGCAGCGACCUUCCGUCCCCAUGGAGGCCCACUCCAUCCUGCUGCUUUCCGCCUGUUUGUGAUGCCUUCCCCCAGAGCUCUGGGGCGGUAGGUCGCACCGCCCCAGCCCCCACUGACUUCCCAUUGCCCUAGCACUCGGCCCAGGUGGGCGCUAGAGACCCUCACCCCGGGCAGGGAGGGGACAGCCAGGGCGGGUGCCACGCGAGCUGCCCUCUGCUCAGGACUGCCUGGUGGGGAUCAGGAGCUUCCUGAGGACGCACAGAAACAUC